AUGGAUGUUUCGUUUUUAUUAAUUUAUGGCUUCGGAAUGAUACUAAGCGCAUAUAUUGCAGAACGGGUCAACAAGCGAUAUUUUCUAACAUUUGGAAUGCUAGCUAUGAUACUAUCUACUGCGCUUACCGGAAUGGCUUACUUUGCUAAAAUUCACAGCUAUGCCUAUUUUAUUAUAUUUCAAAUGUUGAAUGGUAUAGCGCAGUCUACAGGAUGGCCUUCCAUGAUUGCAAUUAUUGCAAACUGGUUUGGAAAAGGCAGAAGAGGAUUCUUUUUUGGCUUAUGGAGUUCAAAUACAUCCGUAGGAAAUAUAUUAGGCUUACUUAUUCCUGGAGUCUGGGCACAGGGUCAUUGGGGAUGGUCGUUUAUUAUACCGGCACUUAUAACUGGAGUUUUCGCAAUUUUAAUCUUCUUUAGUCUAGUCGAUUAUGAGGUCGUACAAACGAUAACUAAAGAUGAUCAGCAGGAGCAACUGUCCAAAACUAAUAAAAGUGCUACUUCACCUUCAAAAGCUGUAACGAUCACUGACGCCUUAAAAAUUGAAGGUGUAGUCAGUUUCGCCUUAGCAGUAUUUUUUGACAAGUUUACCAGCUAUACUUUCUUAUUCUGGCUGCCUUUCUAUUUGGAUAGUAUACUAAUAGGGGGAGUCCGAUAUAAUGGCAAAAUCGCGGCAUUUAUAUCUAUUUUCUUCGAUAUUGGAGGAAUUAUAGGUGUAAUAGUAGCAGGUAUCAUCUUUGAUAAAACUAAUAAAAAGGCAAUAAUCAGCAUGACACUGUAUGCGAUCUCAAUUCCAACGCUAUACCUCUACCAUUUUUACGGAAGAAUAAAUUUAGCCUCCAAUAUCGUUUUAAUGAUUAUUUCUGGCAUUGCUAUUAACGGACCCUUAAUGCUAACAGUUGGUGCAGUGGCAGCUGAAUUGGGUAACAGCCCAACCUUGAAAAAUAACGAGAAAGCUACCGCUACAGUGUCUGGAAUAUUAGAUGCUACGGCCUCAAUCGGUUCUGCGCUUGGACCAUUAUUAACUGGUGUCAUACUACCAACGGGAUGGAACAAUGUAUUUUACAUGCUAAUGGGCUCACAAAUAAUAUCAACUUUGGUACAGGAAUAUUAG